CGCGAUUUCCGGGAACCCGUCAGAAAGGACAUAAACAAAACAAACCCGAGGCAGCAUGGAGAGGGGCCGCGGCCCCUGCAGCAGAACCGGACCCAGUCCCUGAGCCGCCCCACAAGCACAGCCAUCCUAAUGGGUGUGUCAGAAAUUUUUGACCAUCUGCUCUGAUGAAUGUUGGAUGACUCAGAAGUGCUGCUCACCAUUGUGAGGAACCAGUUCCCUCCAGUUACUGCAAGGGGGCGGUGGCCUGAGCCAGUGCCCUCUAAGGGGAGCUGCAGGGACGCCGGCCACGUGGACUGACGCUGCUUGUCCAGAAGACAUUCUCAUUUUCAGAGAGGUUCGCACAGAAAAGAAAAGCAGCGACCCAAGCAAUCUAAGUGAAGGCAUUCCAGGGAACCCUGCCGUUUAUUGUGAAAACCAUCUUUAAUUCUGAAAUUAAAAGUAAAGCUGGAAAGGAAUUUACAAACGAGAAAAAAAAGAAGUUUGGGAGCGGACUCACGGGACCUGGGCUUGGAAAUGCCUCAGCCCAGUGUAAGCGGAAUGGAUCCGCCUUUCGGGGAUGCCUUUCGAAGCCACACCUUUUCGGAACAGACUCUGAUGAGCACAGAUCUCUUAGCAAACAGCUCAGACCCAGAUUUCAUGUAUGAACUGGACAGAGAGAUGAACUACCAGCAGAACCCCAGAGACAACUCCCCCUCUCUGGAGGACUGCAAGGACAUCGAGAACCUGGAGUCCUUCACAGACGUCCUGGAGAACGAGGGCGCUUUCACCUCGAACUGGGAGCAGUGGGACACGUACUGUGAGGACCUGACCAAGUACACCAAGCUGACCAGCUGCGACAUCUGGGGGACAAAAGAGGUGGACUACCUGGGUCUCGAUGACUUUUCUAGCCCUUACCAGGACGAAGAGGUCAUAAGUAAAACUCCAACUUUGGCCCAGCUCAAUAGCGAAGACUCUCAGUCUGUUUCUGACUCCCUGUAUUACCCGGAUUCGCUUUUCAGUGUCAAACAAAAUCCUUUGCCUUCUUCAUUCCCUGGUAAGAAGAUCGCAAGCAGAGCAGCCGCCCCUCUGUGUUCUUCUAAGACUCUUCAGGCUGAGGUCCCUUUGUCAGACUGCGUCCAGAAAGCAAGUAAACCCACUUCAAGCACACAGAUCAUGGUGAAGACCAACAUGCAUCACACUGAGAAGGUGAACUUCCAUGUGGAGUGUAAAGACUACGUAAAAAAGGCAAAAGUAAAGAUCAACCCAGUGCAGCAGAGCCGGCCCUCGCUGAGCCAGGUGCACGCCGACGCCGCAAAGGAGAACACCUGCUACUGUGGGGCGGUAGCAAAGAGGCCGGAGAAGAAAGGGAUGGAGCCUCUUCAGGGUCAUGCCACUCCAGCUUUGCCUUUCAAAGAAACCCAGGAACUAUUGCUCAGCCCCCUGCCCCAGGAGGGCCCGGGGGCAGCUGCAGCAGGAGAAAGUAGCAGCCUUUCUGCCAGCACAUCUGUCUCAGAUUCAUCCCAGAAAAAAGAAGAGCACAAUUAUUCCCUCUUUGUCUCCGACAACUUGGGUGAGCAGCCAACCAAACACAGUCCCGAGGAAGAGGAGGAGGACGAGGAGGAUGUCGACGACGAGGACCAUGACGAAGGAUUUGGCAGCGAGCACGAACUUUCUGAAAACGAGGAGGAGGAGGAAGAGGAAGAGGAUUAUGAAGAUGACAAAGAUGACGAUAUUAGUGACACUUUCUCCGAACCAGGUUAUGAAAAUGAUUCUGUGGAAGACUUGAAGGAGAUGACUUCAAUAUCCUCUCGGAAGAGAGGCAAAAGAAGGUACUUCUGGGAGUACAGUGAACAGCUCACGCCGUCGCAGCAAGACAGGAUGCUCAGGCCCUCUGAGUGGAACCGGGACACCUUGCCGAGUAACAUGUACCAGAAAAACGGCUUGCAUCAUGGGAAAUAUGCAGUAAAGAAGUCACGGAGAACUGAUGUAGAAGACUUGACUCCAAAUCCUAAAAAACUACUGCAGAUAGGCAAUGAACUACGGAAACUGAAUAAGGUGAUCAGUGACCUGACUCCGGUCAGCGAGCUUCCCUUAACUGCUCGGCCAAGGUCAAGGAAGGAAAAAAAUAAGCUGGCUUCCAGGGCUUGUCGGUUAAAGAAAAAAGCCCAGUAUGAAGCUAAUAAAGUGAAAUUGUGGGGCCUCAACACAGAAUAUGAUAAUUUAUUGUUUGUAAUCAACUCCAUCAAGCAAGAGAUUGUAAACCGAGUACAGAGCCCAAGAGAGGACAGAGGACCCAACAUGGGGCAGAAGCUUGAAAUCCUCAUUAAAGAUACUCUUGGUCUCCCAGUUGCUGGGCAAACCUCAGAAUUUGUUAACCAAGUGUUAGAGAAGACCGCAGAAGGCAACCCCACCGGAGGCCUUGUAGGACUGAGGAUACCAACGUCAAAAGUGUAAUCAGCCUCAUUGGACCACUGGUCAGAACUGUCUGAGUUUGUCAUGUUAUCCGUUGUAAAUUUUCAUUCUGUUUUGCAUGUCAGUUUAGCAUUAUGUAAACAUUUGCAAUUAGGUUACAUUGUUUUAAGAACUAAGUAGCAUAAGUGAAGCAUGAUCCAAAACACUUGAUUAUUGCAUUUUCAGAGCGUAAACCAUGGUUACAACUGCUACUGGCAUCAAAAUUGAAACUCACACAUCUAACUAAAUGUUUAGAUACAGAUCGCAAAAAUCUGUUAAAGCAGAACAUUUUGGGGGGUGAAGAUUUUUUUAGUAAAUGCCAAAUAUCGUGGCAGGUUUAUGUUCUGAACUACAAAAAAAUCGAGGAAGCAGUUUUUUAAAGCAGUUUAGAUUGUUUUUAGAAUUAUUGCUUUUUGUUCUAAUUUCCCACACCCAUCAGUCUCUCUUGUCCGCGGCACAGCCCAGCACUCAGGCCGUGCGCCGUGUCCGAUGUUCGCGUUCCGAGCUCAAUGCGGCAUAUAUAAAUAUAUAAAUAUAUAUAUAAUGUCUGUGCGAGUCAGAAAAAAAGCAUAUUCUUUGUGCCUUGUAUUUUGGGGAAACUAUAAAACUGGUAAUAUUUUGUAUGAUGAAAACCCUAAUGAGGAAAAACAAGAUAUAUAGAUGGAAAAAUUAUGGGGUUUAAAUGUUUUUUUGUUCCAACUCUUUUUCAGAAUUUUUGAAUGUAUAUAGGACUAUGUUGAAAUGUAGAUAUAUGCCACAGAGUCUGUGUAUUGUAUAAAAAAAAACAAAACAAAAAACAAACAAAAAAAAGAUGGCUCUAGAAAACUCAUAUUUCGGUACUUGACCGGAAGAAGACAAAUACUUGCACAUUAUUGCGAUUGUUUUAUUUUUUGUACCAAAGACAAAUGCAACUGAUAUGGCAAACUGCCAGUCUAAGUAAAGUUUUGCACAGCUUACAUGAUACUGUAUGAAUGUAUGAAUAAAAGGAGAAAAAAGAAAACGAAAAGGUCAGGGUUAGGGAUCUUACUGAACUGUGAAUUUUAUUUCUGUUUGGGUCCAAUUAUCUACAGAAGGAGCACCCACAUGUACAACUAUGAUUUCGCUGUUCCUCUAGUUCGCUUCCACGGUAGAUAAGUUGGUGGCCAUUUAGGUGUCUCGUCUUUUUAUUUCUGCACUUAUUGUAGAAAAAUUUAAUAUAUUUCAUUUUAGUAAGCUAUUGAUAAAAUAGUUUUUGACCUUGAAAAUUUAAAGUUUAUUUAGCUUAUUGUAGUAUACUUCCACCAAACAACCAAAAUACAGAUUAUUUUUAUUGUAUUAUGUAUAUAUAUGUAAAGAAAGAGAAAAGCUAAAAAUAUCUAAUUCUUUAGUUGCCACUUUUCCAAUGGAUGUAUUAUUGUGCAUGUGAUAUUUUCAAAGAUCAACACAAGCUUAAAACAAAAACAAAAAAAUUUAUAGAUUUUUAUAUUUUUGUACAGGUAUUUUCAAACUAGCUUCUUCAGACUUACAUGUGACUUCUUCUAUAGUUUCUAGAACUGAGAAAUACUAACACAUUUAGUUUUUAGGUGCUCUGUUUUGCUCACAUGAAACAGCUUCAUUAGUCAGUGUUUUAACUGUGUUUAAGCUUUACCUCUCGAUGAGAAGUUUCUGUGUCAAGGCAGCAUUGUAACCCUUCCCCCAGACCUUUCCAGCUUGUCUCUCUCUCUUACUGUGUGAUUCUCAAAUCUUGUGGUUUGAAUUCUGAAAACUGGUAGCUUAAAACUAUAUGUUAAAAAAAAAAUUCCUACCUAGCCAGAAAAAAAAUACCAAAAAUUUCAGACCUAGCUGCUGAGAGAGUAUCUAUUUCUCCAUUACCCAUUGGAGAAUGUAUUCUUUAAUUAUAGUUUGUCUGUAUCGUGUAUUUCCUUUCUUUUACUCCUCCCACCCCCAGGCAUUUGUAAGCGAUUGCACACGAAGCUCUAGCUUACAAAGGUUUGAUUCUAAAACACACAGUAACACCCGAGCGAUGCUUCACACGCUUCUUUGACUUCGUGCACUGUGACACACCCGAGCCUGUGGUGUGCUUGGUGGAAAUGUGCCUGGUUAGUGUGUUCACACCGAACAGAUGAUAAGCUCAGAUCUGUUGGUUGAAUAGAAUGUGAGCUCAUUGUUUAAAGUGUUUCCUUUUUAGGUGGGAGAAUGCAAAGCACAGGUUUGUAACUUGGAAGUAUGUAAAGUUUUGACAGAAUGUAUCUGGCAAAUUAAGACGUAUUCCAAAAUACAGCAGUUUUGCAAUCAGGGGAAAGUCAUUUUAUGAUAGAGAUUCAGCUGAUGAGAUUUCUAAAAUUGCCCCUUUCUAGCUGCUCUGUUAGGAAUUCUGGUUUUUGAUACCUUUUUCCUCUCUGCAAACCAGAAUUUGAUUUUUUGGUCUUGCAUUUCAAAAAAGACUUUGAAUCUGUUUAGUAGAUUCCAUAUCCUUGCAUUUCAGUGUUUUAUAUGUACUACUUAAGUUAAAUAGUUAAAAGCUUUUAAAUAGUUGAGCUUUUUAAUGUUGACACUUUAUUUUGUACCUAUUUAUAUACGUAUGUAUAUCUUAGAAAAGCACUUUGUUAAAAAAAUUUGCAUUUUAUAUGAUUCCUGCCAUUUGCUGCUAAAUCUGGGCUGGUCAGAAUGCUGCAGCGAUACUUGAUCUAAACAAAAACCUGGCGGUAAAAUGUAGAGUGCGAGUUAAACCCUCUUGCUGUUUUAACUUGAUCAUAGAGAUGACAUAGGCAAGCUGUGCAGCUUUACAUUUUAACCAGGGGACUCUGUGGCAUUUAAAACCGUCUAGAAAUGGUUGUACUUUAAUGCCAGUAAUAAUCUGCUUCCUCUAUUGUCAUUAAAUAUAUAUGUUUAAUGUAUCACACAAACAAAUCUUAUAAGGGUAAUGUAAAAACCCCAACAAUUGUACAUGUUCUGUUUUUGAAAUUGUGGCAUGUAUUUUUGGGCGAAGAUCCUUAGAGAAGAGCUCUCUAAAGGUUUUCCGUGUUGCUCAUACAUGGUAUACAGAUCACUCAUAAUGACGUCCAGACUCUGUCUUUAAGUGAAGGCAUUGUGAACUCACCUCAGAUGAACCCAUUGUUCCAAAAGCAAUUAUAGAGACUCUGACUCUAGUAGUACUAUGAUUUCAAAACAAAACAAAACAAAAAAAAAACAAAAAAAAAAACAAAAAACGUUCUUCCUCGUUUCAGAUACACUGGAUUCUUUAUAGAGUUUGUCUCCAUAAUGAAAGCAUGCUGUCCAGUUGUUCUUGUUAAGAUCUUGUCUGAGUUUUGAACUGGGUGCCACACUUCUCCAGUCAGUAUGAUUGCCUGUUCUAUUGUACCAUGUAUGAUCUUGUCCCUUCCUGUAUUCUUCAUGACAGAUUAUGAUGUGGCUUUAUAUUGUGCCUUACUUGUACAUGAAAACAAACCGUCUCAUUCCCUUCCACUUCCUAAAUCUUUCACUUCGACCUUUUUGGUAAGAGAAUCAAAGCUAUUCUACAAACAUCAUGAAGGAUUUCAGAUGGGUAUGGUUUCAGAUUCCCUCUGUCUCUCUCUCUAGUGAUUUUAUAUUUGUCCGGAAGACCGGCUUUGAGAGGUUUCCGAACAGGAGGUGGGGGGGCAAGCGGUGGUUCCACUACGCCCCUCUGUCCUGAUUCUCAUCAGUUGGUCGUACAUCUUCUUUCUGAUGCUUGACUUCAUUUGCUUCAUCGCAGUAGUCUGCAUUUAAAGAAAGGUGUGUCCUGUUCAUCAGCUUGAAGUUGACUAUUUCAUUUUUCCAGAAUUUUUUAGAAGAGUAUCCGUUUUGUUUGUUUUAUAAAACAGAUGACAAGUCUCUUUAAAAGAAACAGAAGUACAGUACUUUUGAAAUACAAUGCUGUUAGUUUGGAUUUCUUUUUUAUAUAUAUAAUAUUCAUACAAUUAUCUGAUGUUUGCCUUCAUUAAUAAAGCUGUUAGUUUAUUCACCAAAAUGUCAAGAAUGGAUGUGCUUUUCUUUAUUCCCACACGUGUAAAAAUAUUUUAGCUGCUAAGAUUUAGUUAACUUUCUAAGAGACGAAUUCCAGUUGCCUUCAGCGGACAUUAACCCUUUUGUUCCCUUUCUUUAUAUAGUCUUCCUGAAGUUUUGUUUAAGUAUUUUCUGGUUAAGUGUGUAACAGAAUGUUAGCAUCUCUCCAAAUCUUGAAACUUGAAUUUUGAGGAUGCAUCGAAUCGUGCUCCAGUGUUCGGCGUCCUAGUGAAGUCCGUUGUGGAAUAGCGUUUCCCGUGGGACCGAGGCCGUGGCCACAACUCCGCACAAAACUCCAGUCUCGUUCUUCCCUCGAAUCAUGACAGACCCGUCUCACCCAGUGCCGUAAUACUUGUGGAUUCUUUUGUAAUCUUUGUACUCUCAAUAAGGGCAUUACGAGAAGAUGACUCCAUGUUUUUUUACUACUUCACACACGUCGGGGUGUAACCGCGAACGUCCCCGGUAGGGAUGGUUGUUUCGUUUUAAGGAAUAAGCGCACAGGGGCGAGACGGUGAAAUGCACUACUGAACGCUUUACACUCCGCAGGCGCGUGGGGUCAUGUGUUGAAGCAUAGCCCUCCUGCUUAGUAAACUGACUGAAGCUGUAGAACUUACACCUAGGGACCGAAUUCUGCCAAAUUGCCAUUUCUGUUCAGAAAAGAGAGAUUUGGGGGUAGUCAUGAGGGAACGGAACCUUAAAGCUACUUCCAGAUAGUGUUUCGGAGACGUGGUGACCUGCCCAGAACACCAGAGUUGGGGUGUCAGGUGCCAAGUUGGGGCGAACUGCUUUUGCCUCUUUCAUCACAGGGGUGUCGUCGGUUAAACCCCGGGGGUGGGGUGGGAGCGGGACUGACUGCUGUGUCUUGCCCUUGGUUUUCCUCCCAGAACCAAAUAACAGAAAUGUGUAUGCGUGUGUUGUAUCUGCCUUCCGACCGCAUUUUUUAUGACGCUGUAUUCCACUGCCUGCCUUUUCUGCCUUCUCUCCCUGGGAUUUGUCCUGCAAUGCAGCAUUUGUGGCUGGCAGUCACGCGACGGCUGACCUCGCACGAGAAGUCACAAGAGAAGAGCCAGAAGGGCAAGAAUUCAGAGCAUUUGUCCAUACAAUGCGCGACCUCUCUUGCAUAGCUGCGUAGGAUCCUCUUUGUCAUGCUGUCAUCUUCUGUCGUCUUGUUCCUCCGCCCCCCCUCCCCACCCCACCCCACCCCCCAACUGGAGCUAUGAAACUUUUAAUUGGAUUCAGUCUUGUCUUUUGUCUAGAAAGAAUUUUAUCUUGUUGACGCAUGAGCUGUUUAAAAAUUAUUCUAUUAAAUGUUGGUUAAUAGUUGUGCAGUUUUUCUUUUCCGGAGAAAAGGCGAUUCACACGUUGCCUUUGUUUUCUGUCCCCUUCCAGUCCCCUCAGCACUUCUAGUCACAGAUUUCAUCCGUGUAUGCAACGUCCUUUGUAAUUUAAAAUAAAAAAAGAUGGAAAGAAAA